GUCACAACAGAUGGUUGUUUCUACAGUUAACUUACGAAUGAUCCACUGAUGUACUUAUGUUGAUUACUUCGUUUGUUUUCUGGUACGCUGGAGUGAAAUAGCUUGCAACAAGUAAUAUAGAUAGCGUAGCCUAAUUAAAUAACGAAAAUUGUCGAACUUUAGCUUGAAUAGGUGAAUUUUACACUCACUCAGUUCUAAAUAUGCUUAAACCCAGAAACAAUUCUGCCACUUAGUCAUUUUUCCUAACAAUAAAAUGUAUCAAAGUCACACUGGUGACAUAGUGCAUCUCAAUGUUGGUGGAACAAGGUUUUCAACAUCAAGGCAGACGUUGAUGUGGAUUCCGGACUCGUUCUUCACCGCACUGUUAAGUGGUCGAAUAUCAUCGCUGAAAGAUGAGAAUGGUGCAAUAUUUAUAGACAGAGAUCCCAAGCUGUUUGCAACAAUUUUAAACUACCUGCGAACCAGGGAUAUCGAUCUGCGACAUUGUGACAUAAAGACUUUGAGGCAUGAGGCUGAAUAUUAUGGUAUCACACCACUUGUGAAACGCCUUGUACUUUGUGAAGAUCUCAACCAGUCGUCCUGUGGGGAUGUCCUCUUUUACGGCUACCUUCCUCCUCCAAGCAUUCCAAUCCAAGAACCAGUGCUGGGUGCAGCAGUUGUGGAUGAAGCCAUCAGUCGGCCUGUGCGAGAAAGCCCAGCGUACCUACCAGGUGCCCAUACGCAUGCACGUGGGCACGCACACUCACGCAAUUCCUCACUAGAUAUGAGGGUUGGCAGUCGGAGCUCCUCUGAUGUGCGGAAUAUACCUGGCCGGGCUUGCCAUUCUCGUGCUGCCUCACUUGACCUACGCCACACCCGCAACUCUUCAGCAGAUCUCAACAAGCUUAUCAGGAACGACCUUGGUCUCGUAUUCGGUGGCAAUCAAGUUUCAAAUUGGGCAGAUCCAUUGAGGGUACAGAUAAUUAAGGCUCAUCAUCACUGGAUCGCAGUUGCCUAUGCACAUUUUGUAGUAUGUUACAGGUUGAAGGACUCAACAGGGUGGCAGCUUGUGUUUACAUCACCACACAUAGAAAGCUGUAUAGAACGGGUAGCUGUGAAUGCUAAGCUGGGUGGAGGUGCGGCACAGGGUGAGGCAGCGUCUAAGAUGGUGGCUAUUUCAUAUGCAAGUCAUAUCCGGCUCUGGGGCAUCUCAGAGCAUGGUUCACGCACAAACAUCGGUACCUUCAAUCUCAACGUGAGAGUGGAGUAUUUGUUCUUCAUCGGCAGCCAGUUGGUAGCACUGUCGCCUACUGGCAAGAUUGGUGUGUGGCAUGCUAUGACCCAGCACUGGCAGAUUCAGGAUGUUGUCCCCAUCUCUUCCUUUGAUGUAGCUGGCUCCUUCCUGCUACUUGGCUGCAAUAAUGGUGCCAUCUACUAUAUAGACAUGCAGAAGUUUCCACUCCGUAUGAAGGACAAUGACCUGCUUGUAACUGAGCUUUACAGGGACCCAUCGCAUGAUCCUAUCACAGCCAUUUCUGUCUACCUCACGCCUAAAACAAGAUGCUCUAAUCUUGUGCUAUGGCUCCUGACACAAUCGUAUGUCUUCUUUCUUGGAAAAUUUUUCUCAUGUCCGAGUGUUCUUAUUGAAGGUAUUUUUACAACCUCUCCGUUUUGUUCAAUAAAGCUGAAAUUAAAUUCACAAAUGAACUGGUUGUCUUUAUAACUAUAAACUACCAUG